AUGGGCAAGGAGGGCGAGGAGCAGGCCGUCGCGGCCAACACCGACGCGUCCGGCGAUGCGGCGGCGGGGGAGGACAACAAGGACAAGGAGAGCAACGACAAGGACAAGAACAAGGGGAAGGACCAGGACAGCAAGGACAAGGGGAAGAAGCCGCCGCCGCCGCUCCCCGUGGUGACGGCGGUGCUCAAGGUCGACAUGCACUGCGACGGCUGCGCCAAGCGCAUCCGCGCCUCCGUCCAUCGCUACCCAGGCAAGAAUAACCAAGCUGCGUACCUUACCUUCUCUCUCCGUCUCUCUCUGAAAGUGAUGCGUGCUGAUGAUCGGUGCCGCCUGCCAGGUGUGGAGGGCGUGGCGAUGGAGGUGGACAAGGGCUCCAUGACCGUGGUCGGCCGCUUCGACGCCAAGAAGCUGCGGGACCGCGUCGCCAACAAGACCAGGAAGAAGGUCGACCUCGUCGGCAACAACAAUGCCGGCAACAAGGGAGGCGGCGGCGGUGGGGGGAACAACAAGGGAGGCGGCGGCAACCAGCAGAAGGGCGCCAGCGAAGAGGACGGCAAGCCGGAGAAGGAGCACGACGGCGACAAGGAAGACAAGGUUCAUGCUUUGACGUACGUGCAGUAG